CUCAGCAUCGUGGCCGUCCAUGGCAUCGGAGCGCAUCCUGACGAUAACUGGUGUAAAAUCCGAGGCGCUGAUCUCGACGCGAUGAACCCCGAGAAUUAUGUCAACUGGCUGAGUGACUCGGCCAUGUUACCAGAAGUCAUCCCGAACACACGUAUCACGAGAUAUUGCUACAAGUCCGUGUGGUUCGGUCCGGACGCGAUCAAACAAAAUUCGUCGCGUGUUGCGCAACGGUUGUUGCUAGCACUCAGACGAGAAAGAAAGGACUUUCCUUUUCGACCAUUGAUCUUCAUCGCUCACUGCUUUGGCGGGCUGGUUAUGCUGCAGGCCGCGCGCAGCGAAUACGAGCAAGAAGAAGUGCUCACUGAGGUGCUGCGUAUCCUAGACCCAGGCAAUGAGCUGCUACAAGACUUGGUGGACAGCUUCGGCAAGGCACGGUCGCUGCAGAACAGGGCACAAGUUGCGUCCUUCUAUGAGCUGCAGUCUAGCAACGUUGGAGCGAUCGUAGGAAAACAAAAGAAGAAGGUAAGAGUAGUGUCCUAUACCGUUUCUCAUGCAUAUUAUCUUCGAGGAAGCUACCUUUUAUAUCCAUUUUCGCUGGAGUAG